UGAAAAUGUUUUUAUUAAACGUCAGUAUGUGUGGUGAUUCAGUGACAGAGCCCGUGAGCCUUCCAAUGCUUUUGACAGUUGUAACAUAUUGGAAACGUUGAGAGAACCCCAUUUUCCACUGGAACGGUAUUGAUAAGCAUACAAACACAUCGUCAGGCUAACAGUGUACGCGUGUGUGAGUGUGUGUAAAACGUAUGGAAGAAUAAGAAGAAGAAGAAGAAGAAAAAACGAGAUGCAAGAAAAAUAUCCGAAAACAUUCAAAGUGAAGCUCUAGCGAGCACCAACCAAAAUAGUUCGAUCUUUUUGGUGCAACAAAAUCUGACGAAAAAAUAUGUAACAAACAGCUGAUUUGACAGAAGUGUGAGUUUGAGAGAAUUUGAUCGUAAAAAAGAACGAAUAUUUGUGUUAAUUUCGGAAAUCAGCUUAUGCAAUUCGGGUGAGCCCAGCCACACUAACAAACGCAGUUCAAAAAAAAGUCGCGCUCAUUGCUCACGCAAAAUGUUCGAAGCAUUCAAUUUGUAGAGUUUUUUUCUGGGUUUUUGCUAUUGCAUUUACUGUGUGUGUCAAAAUAGAGAAAAGAAAAAAAAAACAAAAUUGGUUCAUCCAUUAAAAAGUGAUAUCGAUGGUCGACGAACCAGAUGAAAAGCAUCUCCAAAGUGAGAAAAAACCAACUGAUAGCACCACCAUCACCACCAAUUUAGGUUACACAACGAAAGAAGCACUAAAAGUACUCUGUGAUGAAAUUGAGACGGUCGUUAAAUCGUAUGAAACCAAAUUCCAUAACGAAAGUUUGCUAACGACAGCGAAAAGUGCAUUUGCAAAGCCGUACGAGAGCCCAUUGAGCUGGUUUUCAAUAAUCACAACCGUUGUGGUUGUCGUUUGUUUAGCGCUAACAAAACAUUAUUUCACCUCAAUAUGUGUGCUGUGCAUAUUAUUGGCAACCAUCGUGCUGGACGUAUACGAAUGCUAUUUGCGUCGCACCGAAAUUUUUCGCAAAGUUCGACUGAUUAUAAAUGAAGUGGAAUUGGCGCAAAAACUAUGCAAAGACUGGACACCCGAAAACUAUCCCAACGUGUAUUCGCCGAUGUCGCCAUGCGUCACACUUCAGUUAUGCUAUCGCGAUGGAGGUGUUGUCAAUCUACCGUGGGCAUUGCUCGUUAAAAAUGAUGUCAUUGUCAUUAAAUCAGGACAAACAGCGCCUGGCGAUUGCAAAGAAAUAUCGGGCAAACGGAAAUUCAAAACCGGCGAAACCUAUGGAUUGGCACAGCCUUUGGAAGCGCCAGUUCGACCGACGGUACGUUCACCGCUGCCCGAUAUGAUAUGCAUUCUGGAGAGAACGCCAUUUUUGGACAAUCUGAGGAAAAUUCUAGACAAAUCACCAAAACGUCCGCCAACCAUUUACAAUGAACAACGUCAUUUGCUAAUCACGAAAUACAUUCAGCAUUGGGGUGUUAUUGCGUGUUUGCUAAUGACAUUAUUAUUUGCUGCUUUGCAUUAUAAUGACAAAUUAUACGAUGACCGUUUCGUUCAGCUGAAAUGGAUGAACUUGUUUAUCGAAUUGCCAGUGUGUGCUAUUUUACCCGUCAUCCCAAUGAUGUUUCCAGUCAUGUGGAUAUCGAUUAAUUUGUGGGGCAUUGCACGACUUGAAACGCAUUUAGCACAACCACAAUCCACUAGCAAGCUCGAUCAACAAAGGUCAUUUCAAGAAGACUUGGACACACCCACCUUAGAAUUCGAAACAGCGAAACUUUCCUUCAAAGAAGUGCUAUUCAAUUGGUUGCGUUUAUGGCGCGGUUACAGCAUGCUACUCGGUCGUUCAUCGAAUGUGGUACAGGUGUUGGGUUCCGUGACGGCUCUUUGUUGUAUUGAUAAAAAAGGAAUUUUAUCAUGGCCAAAUCCUACGGCUGAGAAAGUACUGAUUUUGCGAGAUGCCGAAAAUGAUUACUCUUCCGAAGCAGAAAGUGAAUCAUCCUUUGAUUCACAUGAACGGUCCACCAAAUCCGAUAAAAAUGACAGAGAAACAGCGAUCUUUGAAACAAAGUCCAGCCAAAGCCGCACCAAUAAACGAACAACUGAAUCCAAAGCAUCAGCAAGCAAAAGAGACAGUGGCCGAAUUAUCGAUACGCAUAAACAUCCCGGCACCGUUGCCGAAGUACUUGAUCUCACACACGAUCAGUGCAGCCCAUUUAGAAUUGAUUUUGACGAUCACAGCUGGAAGAAACACAUCGACUCAUUGAAACCGUUGGGCUUGGCCAUUUUAGUGAAUACUUGCUGUCAAAAGACACAGGAGCAUUAUUCCAAAUUCUGUGCACAUGUUACGGCCGUCGCUACCUUAGACAAAGAUCUGGUGCCUGUUACCAAUCGACGAUGCCUUUGCGAAUUGGCCAAGCAAAUUGGUUUCACGGAUAAAGCAACGGACCUGUUCAACCUCGAGGGACAAAUAGCAAGUUAUAUGCAUUUGCAACCGGAGGUGGUCAGAAGAGAUAUACGCUUUGCACGUCACCUUCGUAUUGCGUCCAAAGUGAAAGUGCCAUUUCCGCAUUCUUUGUCUGUUGUAAUUCGCGAUAUACAGAGUAAUUCAUUGCAAAUGUUGACUCAAGGCACUGCAGACAUCGUAUUGGAUUGCUGUGAUGAUUUCUGGGAUGGUCAAGAUUUGCGACCGCUCGGAUCACAAGAGCGAAAACGUGCCCAGGAUUUCUAUCAACGGAAUGCUUUGACUUCAUAUUGCACGGCUUUUGCGUAUCGACCACUCAGACAUGGCGUUGUUGGUGCAUUAGGAGAAACUGCUUACAUGGAACUACCGCCCGAAUCUACGUACAAAACCAGUGCUCACCAUUCUUGUGCUCUAUCUCAUGAGCGUGGCGGGAUUUUCUGUACAUUCGACGGUGCUCAAAGCAAUUGUGAACCGACGGCAACUGAACUGAAGCAUUCGAUUAGCUCGGACUCUCUGCUUUUUUCGGAAAAUAACAAAGAAGAAGACAUCUGUGAUGUUGAUGGCUGUUUCGAAAUGCAAUGCCAUCAAGUGUUCAUCGGAAUGGUGACCAUGCAAUAUCAAGCUCAAACCGAUAUGGUUUCGUUGAUUGAGCGUCUUGAACGAGCGUGUAUUCGAUUCGUGCACUUCAGCAAGGAAAAUGAACUUCGAUCAAGGGUCUUCUCGGAAAAGAUGGGCUUAGAAUCCGGAUGGAAUUGCCAUAUUUCGUUGCUCAGCGACGAUCACAGCAACGCACCGUCACCACAAAGUCAGUCGCAUAUCUUUGAUCCGGUCAUUAGUUCAGCCAUUUGUAACAACGAAAUUAUGGCUGAUGAAGACGGAGUGGAUUCAGAGAUGAAUAGACUACUGCCAUUAACUGGCUUGGAAUCGAGCAAAAACUUGAGCUCAUCAGCUCCAGGCGCAAUCAGCGAUGAAGUGCCACAGCAAAAACUAUCAAAUGUUAGUUUCAACAGUAGCUUCGAUUCGGGAGCGAGCCGACCAAGGGUUUCCAAAGAUUCAGCGAUGGAAGAUGAAAAUUGUCGUUCACUCAGUGGGUUCAGCGACAGCACCGAACAAAGUGCUGCCAUUAAUUUUGAUAUGUCCAAUCGGGCAAAACUUCCUCGUGGCAUAGAAAAUAUUCGUCCGCAUUUAGAGAAUGUCGACAAUGUCCCGCUGCUCGUAUCGUUGUUCACUGAUUGUUCAGCAGAAGCAACGCGUGAAAUGAUCAUGAUAAUGCAAAACUACGGCGAGAUUGUGAUUUGCGUUGGCAGCAGUGCAAGCUGUGCGAAUGUCGAUAUAUUUCUCCAGGCCGAUUGCUCUAUUGCCAUUGAACCACUUUACCCUCAAGUUUGCCAAAAUAUCCCUGCUUACACGGAGUCAAAUAUACUGAACAAUCGCAAAACAGUGUCGGAAAAUGAUAAAUCGAAAAAAUGGUUUGAAUAUGAACCAAUGCGCUUCCAUUGCACCUCAACCAUAUCGCCGAUUUACCUGAGCCGUCAAUUGAACGCUAUCCCCUGUUCCGUUGCAGUGUGUCGUGAUGAUUCAUUUUCAAUAUUGGGCAUGAUUGAAUUGUCACGGAGAUUUACGAAUGGUCUUUGGAAUUGUAUUCAGUUCUGGGUGUGUUGCGCCUGCAUGCUGGCUCUCAUCAAUACGAUUUGUGCUUGCUUAGCACUACCGCCCAUCCUGACCCCUUUCACAUUGGUGUACAUAAUGUGUGUCGUCGUGCCUCUGAUAUCAACUACAUUGGUAUACAAUGAAUACGAUCCGGAAAUUAUGAAUCGAGCAACAGGGAAAAAACACUCAAAUUUCAAUUCGAAAGUUAUUGCAUACGUAAUUUGCUCGUACGGAUUCAAGUUUAUUCCGACAAUUGUUAUCAUGGUUUUGGCAUACUGUAUGCUAAUGUCACAUCCAGCAGUUGAAGUACUUGAUGUAUUUGACAUAGAGAAGGAGAAUUUCUAUAAAAAUCUCGAUACCUCAAGAUGUUUUAUAUUUUAUUCAAUCAUUUUACAUUUUGUUAUUAUCUCAAUGAGCUUUGUGCACCGAGACUAUUCCAUAUGGACGAAAAAUCCAUUCACAAAUCGUGCCUGGCUAGCUGUCUGUGUCACCAUAUUUAUAGUUCAGACGAUCAUUUUUGCUCUCAAUUUACUUUUAAACCGUAAAAUUGUCGAUCAACUGGAAAAUGUGUGGCCGAUAGUUUUGUUUCUAAUUGGAUCUCUAGUGAUUGUUUUCGUAAUCGUUGAAUUUUGCAAGUGGCAAGAACUAAAAGCAAAUGGUCGCUAUCAACGUCGUGCCCGACUGGACUUUGGCACGAAACUUGGCAUGAACUCGCCAUUCUAAAGCAAACCAUCGAGUUUAAUUCAAUUCAUGAAUUCCCCAAUUCAACACUACCUCUCGAAUAUUUUGACACUUCAUAUUGCCAACACCGGAAAAUGUACUUGAAACAACAGUUAUAUACCACGUAUAUCAAUGUUUUAUUUCAAUCAGCUUGUAAGAAGUGGGAUCUUCCACCGAAUCAAUUGUUUUGGAUUUCACUUAAAAUUGAUCUAGAACAAACUACUUAAGGCUCUUACAAUCAAUCAGUUGUUCGAUCCAUGCAUUUGUACUAUUUUUUAUUGCUUUUGUUUUUCUGUUCAUUCAUUAUUGUCAUAUUCUGAAAGCAUUGACUUAUUUCGUGCUGAAACCGUUUUAUCUUUUAUACUCAGUAUAAUAAACUGGUUUGCAUUUGUCAAUGAGAUCAUAAUAAAAUCUAUACACUAUAUUUUUCGAACUAAGAAAA